AUCUGCUCGCACCGUUCACCUGCUCUCUGCUGCAUUCUACACGGCUUCCGGAAUUUCCAUCGGGAUAUCAAAAAAGCAACAACGGGAAUCACUCGCACUCGCAUCGUCGGCCUCUCAGGGCUUCAUUACAGGGCUGCAUCCUUGGCUUAUUACCGUUUUGAUGAUACCAAUUUGCCUUUGCAUGUUUUCUUUUUUUGGCUUAAGCCAUGGGUUACACAACUCGAGGGGGCUUGUCACGGUCUCGCAAUGCCAGGCUUGGUCAUAUGGGCUUCGAUCUUUUUCUGGGGGGAUGCAUUCACAUCAUAGAGUCUCGUUGGCUUGGGCCAUUGUUUUUCUUGAGUCUCCUGCAUUCAAGCAUCUUUUCUUGCAUCUUGGAAUCUUGGGAACGGUGUUUCAAGGUAUACCUUCAAGGGUGUUCAUGGUGGCAUUCAGCCCAGGCAGGCUAAUCAACUGGGUGGGAAGGCUUCAGCUCUGGGGACGUCGGCUCAUCUUCGCAUGGGACGGAUCGCUCUUACGCAUGGUCAGUGGUGUGCUGGGACUGUGCUCUCGUGGCCUAAUAAUCGAAUUCAGGAAGUUCAAUAACAUCCGGUCCCUUUAUGCGGUGGUGAUACCGUCGUGGAUAACGUGCUCUUGUGUCGUAACCUAGGACCUAGGUAGAAGAGGCGACACCUACCGCUACGGAGAGAUCCAAAGUCGGGUUUUGCUGAGCAGCGAG